AUGGGUUGCAUCGUCUCUUGUAUCCAAGCUGUCUUCCACUCCAUCGGAGCUUGCCUGAUGGCUAUUGUUAAUACCAUUGGUGCCGUCCUACGUGCUAUUAUCGACGGUGUCGUGACCGUCCUCGACGCCAUCAUCUCCUGCCUUACCUGUGGUGGAUGUGGAAGGGGAGGCGGUAGACGUCGCCGCAGGGCAGUCGUCUAA